GGAAAUAUAUUCAGUAUGCUUUCCGAAUUGUUCAUUAUCUGUACCUUGCCUUUGUGGGUAAUAGCUUUCAAUAACGGCACCAACGUGGAGCCUACUUUCGUUCCAAAAUGCAAUCCGCUAAUUCAGUGCGAUGCAUAUUUUUCUGUGGCGGGUUUCGCCGAGGUAAACUGGCUGGAAGCUAACUAUAUAUGCAAUAGAGUGGGCGCCGUUUUAGCAACUGUAAGAAAUGAGGAACAGCAUCAGCUACUGAUUCACUACGUACAUAGUAAAGAAAUUAUCUUUGGCAACAAAACUUUCUGGCUGGGUGCCACAAAUAUGGUGGAGCGCAGCUACUUCUGGACUUGGCUGAGCACUGGCAUCCCCGUGACUUACGCCCAGUGGGCCAAAGAUGAACCCAAGUCCGAUCGGACUGGCAAAGACGCUUGUUUGAUCCUAGGAUCAGACAAUUUGUGGCACAGUGCUCCAUGUGAUGGAAAACAGAACUUCAUCUGCGAAAAUGUUUGCCUACUGAAUUAUUCAUCGUUAGACAAAAAGGUAUAUAUCUGAAACGGUAUCUUGAGGUUCAAAAAUGGAUAUUUCAACUUAAAAAUAUUAACUAAACUAACUAUUAAAAAAAAUAAAGAGCUUCUAUAAAAGCAAGCCCAAACAGCAAAGAAAGCUUA